AUGCGUCGCCGAGGACCUUGGCCGUUUGAGUGGCCGCGACGUGUUGCGCGGGACGGUGCAAAACCCGGAGGCGGAACGGAGAAGCGCAUCACUGGGAACACUGCGGCCACAUGGCCACACGCGUACGGCGACGCUUGUUCCAUCGAAAUCCCUUGCUUGUGCCGAUUCCCUCAUUUAUCGUACACGUUCAUUUCGAUGUGUACCACGACCGUCCACAGCAUAAGCAUACGGCAUCGUUCGUGA